AUGCUGACUUUGCUAAGGAUCAUCGAGCUAGUGCUGCUGAUGCUGGCGGUGAUGGCCACCGGCAGCCCGUACGCGGACGACUUCCCGUACCACGCGUACCGACCCCCGCAGGAUACCUUCCCGACUGGUGGAAAGGCCCACGGCACCAGCAUGUCGGGCGCCAGCUCGAAGGGCGGCGGCACCGAGGGCACUGCCGACGGUCGCGACUUUCGCAAGGACCAAGCAUUCGACGAGACGGGCAGCAUCAAUUCGGCCAAUGACGCGGUGCGCUACCACAAGCUGGACAACCAGCUGAACGGCCAACGGGUGCUGGAUACGAGCAAGGGCACGACGGUCGACAAGGUGAAGCACCUGGCGGGCGAAAACUUUGAGGCCGACAAGACGCACAACCGGAAGCACAUCAAGUCGGGCUUCAGCAACUCGUACCAUAAGGACGAAAGUGGCAGCAAGAGCUCGUACUACGAGGACUCCGACGACCGGGGCGGCAAACAGGUGUUCGACAAUCGGCAGAACCUGCGCAACGACUACGCGGACAAGCUGUACAGCCAGGACCGGCGGAACGACUUCCUGCGUGACCACUACGAUGACCGGCAGGGCGGCACAGAUCUGCACGAUGGGCACAACCAUCAUCGGGUGGCGGCCCAGGAUCGGGGCAAUAGACACGGUUAUCGUGAUGGCUACGCUCACGGAGACCGCAACGAUCAACGGUACGGGGCGACGGCGUACGGCGGCUAUGACUACUAUCAACCUUCGAACUAUCAGCAGCGAUCGGUGGUCGCGCACCACCAACCGUUCGAUGGUUCCUACCAUCAGCAGCGGUCGUACUAUGAACCGCGCCCACCGUUCACGACGAGCCCGCUUCAAUCGGGGCCGAUCACGAUCUACGAGGAUCCGCGCCAUUAUCAGGCCCACUGGCCGGUACCUCCCUACGCCCCGUACCACACGAUGCCCCGGGAGCAGCUUCUGGACGCUGACACUGCACUCAGCCGGGACGCGAACCGCUUGGUGGACGGCGACUUCUCCGGACGGCGUCGGCUCGUGUAUAAGUUCAAUUCGUUGCCCCCACCAGCCGGCGACUACCGGCGACGGUACUAA